UAGAUUCGUUGUUUAUUAAAUUUGAUGUCAUGAAAGCAACGUAGGUUAUACAACUAAUCAGAUUCAGUGAAUCUCAAAAUUUAUUAAUAGUUUUUUACGUGGCAGAAAUUUUAUUUUUAUUGUGUCAAUGGAACAAACCGAUUCAUUGGAGUCCAUAGUUAAUAAAGGCUGGGGAGUUAUAAGCCCAAACACCGAGAUUCUUGUGUUCAUGUUUUUGGGAGUCCUUGGUACCAUCGCAGAACUGGUGGGACUUUGGCCUGAGAUGCGCUUGACUGAACUGUUUCCUGUGGAACUUCAAAGAGAAAUCCAUCCAAAACUCAAGAAUUUUACUUUUGCAAUAUCCGACUCAGUGAACGUGAUCCGUCUCUACUCUGUCCACCUGUACUUGGCCACAUACAUUCUGCUGCCAUAUCCUCUCCUCACAGAGAAACAGAAGGUACUGCUGGUACCGUGGCUCUUGUGUGGAGUGCUGAGGUCGGUUUUGCUCAACUUGCUGACGAGCCUGAUGGGUAUCCUUCUAUGUUCUUCCUACCACAAACUUAACUAUCCUUGUCUGGAGUACUCAGUUUUACAUGGAAUGGAAUUGUGUAUAUCGAUAUUUUUAUGGACCACUGUGCACAACUUCUAUUACUUCCUGGAAAGCAGACCUAUCAGCGACUUGGAACAAGUGAUAAAGUCCAUCAAGAAAAGUGGGAAAAGGUCAAUCCUAUCGAAUGACUCCAGUCAAUCCGAGGAUAAAAUUGAUUAUAACGACGAAGACGAGGAAUGGACCCCAGGCAGCGAAGUGGAUCUAGUGGGAAGAGCAGCGAUGGCGUGGAUCGCAAGGGAAAUCCUAGAGAGCGGUGGAGAAUAUAUCAACGACAGACAGUUUAGCCAGUUUCUCGCGCUGAAAGCCACAAUGGAGCUGAGGCAGAUCACGAAGGAGCUGGCGGAGUUAAAGCCUGAGAAGAGGAGAAAGAGAGCGACUACGACAGAGAAAGUAAGGGAGAGCUUAGAGUUCUGCAGGAAAACUGCGAUGAGACACACUGUAUCUUCUCCACUAGCUUCUCGGUCGAUAAGUGAAGCAUUUCAAAUGGCACCACAGCUCUCAAAGCGCACUUCCACCCGAAAGAGUAAACCCCUUGUAAACAUCGAAAAACCGCUUGUAGAUGAUGAUGACUCAUUGGAUAAAUUCUUAGAGGAGAUAAAUAACAAUCAUAACUCUCUCACUGACAUGCGUGGAAGUGAUACACCAGAAGAGGAGAACGCAGAAUCUGUCCCUAUUCACCCAGAUCAAACAUUUAUGGAUGAGGAGAAUGUUGAGCAAACUAUUGUUGAAACAACGAAGGAAAAUAAUAAAGAAUGAUAAAGGAAUGAGAAAACUAAUGUAAUUAUUCUUCAAUUAAACCCUUUACAUUUUAUUGUUUUUAUCUAUUACAAGUUGACUGAAUUCCUAAAUCAACACUACCAUUUAUGUAUCAAGUCUGUAUGUUGUAUUGACAUAAUUAAAUUUUUAUAAACGA